ACUCGACAUCAGGGUGUUGUUUCCUUUUCAUUGUCCGAUCCGGACCAUGGAUACAAGUUUGGAAGCAAAAUCCUGUAGACUGUAGACGUUGUUGAAAAGCUUCCGUUCUUCAAUUUCCUUCCUAUCACCAAACUAGCGCCUUUUCCGUUCAAAAUGACACGCACUGGGGUCGUCCCAAAGCCACAGGCCCUACUCGGCCCCACACAAAACGGCGACCGCUAUGAACUCACUAGUCCAACGGCAUUGCCCAAGGCUGGCGGCUUCUUGUGGAAUCAGCAGAUGAUGAUACAGAUCACCUGUCGUGGCUAUGCCACUUCGCAGUACAUGCAACCGGAACCUGCCAAGUACGCAUACGCCCCAAAUCUAGAGGCCAAGACCUUCAUGCAGCCGGAGCAAAACUACUACGCCCACCACCCUGGUCGCUUUGUCUAUAUUAAAGAUGAAGAAGCGGACGAGCUGUUCUCCGCACCAUACGAGCCAGUCCGUGCACCGGUGGAUCGUUUCAUCUUCUCGGUCGGUAAGAGCAACAUCUCGUGGAUAGUGGAACACCUAGAUAUCCGCGUUGAAAUGAGUUUUUGCAUUCCUACGCAUGAUGUAGCGGAGCUUUGGACCAUAAAAGUGACGAAUCUGUCUGGCCGUGUUCGCAAGGUCAGCGUCUACCCGUACUUCCCGAUUGGGUACAUGUCUUGGAUGAACCAGGAGGCCGAAUACCGUUCUGACCUCGGCGGUGUGGUUGCAAAUAGCAUCACGCCGUACCAGAGGGCGUCUGACUACUACAAGAACAAGUUUCUCAAGGACAAGACAUAUUUCCUCUGCGAGACCCCGCCUGUGUCCUGGGAAACCAUGCAGCAAGCAUUCGAGGGUGAGGGUGGCCUGCACUGCCCAACUGCAGUAAUGGAAGAGACCCUCGGGAAUGGCGACGCACGUUACGAAACUCCUACGGCUGCUGUGCAAUAUCGCGAGAUAUUGAAGCCCAACGAGCAGCGCGAGUACCGAUUCCUGUUCGGCCCAGCUCUUGACGAUGCAGAGAUCCGCAACAUGCGCAGCACAUAUCUCAGCAAGGAUGGGUUUGCCAAUGCUGCAAAGGACUACGCCGCGUACAUGGAGAAGGGGCAGGGAUCCUUAAAGAUUGAGACCCCUGACAAGGACCUCGACAACUUUGUCAAUAACUGGCUUCCGCGUCAAGUGUACUACCACGGCGAUGUGAAUCGUUUGACCACAGACCCUCAGACCCGCAAUUACAUGCAAGACAACAUGGGCAUGAGUUACAUCAAACCUGACGUUACGCGUAAAGCCUUACUUACGGCCCUCUCUCAGCAAGAAGCUAAUGGAUCCAUGCCCGACGGUAUCCUUCUCACCGAAGGCGCAGAGCUCAAAUAUAUCAACCAGAUUCCGCACACGGACCACUGCAUCUGGCUGCCAGUCGCUCUCGAAAUCUACCUCGCCGAAACCGCCGACUUCGCCAUCCUAGACGAGAAGCUAACUAGUGCAAAUGGAGAUACUUACACCGUGUUCGAGCGCCUCUGUCACGCGAUGGAUUGGCUCCUCAAAGCCCGCGACAACCGCGGUCUAAGCUUCAUCGCGCAGGGAGAUUGGUGCGACCCCAUGAACAUGGUCGGACCUAAGGGCAUCGGAGUGUCAGGCUGGCUUACCGUCGCCACGGGCUUCGCGCUCAACCUCUGGGCAAACGUCUGCGAACAACAAGGCGGAUCCGAGAUUGCAGCGCACUACCGUGCGGGCGCCAAAGACGUCAACGACUGCGCAAACAAGCAUUUCUGGGACGGAAAUUGGUUCGCUCGCGGCAUAACCGACGACAACGUUCUUUUUGGCGUCAAGAAAGACCCUGAAGGCCGCAUCUGGCUGAACCCACAAGCGUGGAGUAUCCUCGGGGGUGCUGCCGACCGAGAUCAAAUCCCCAAGAUGCUAGAUGCCGUCGACGAGCACCUCACCACGCCAUAUGGCGUCGCGAUGUUCGGCCCGCCGUUCAGCAAAAUGCGCGAGGAUGUCGGCCGCGUGACACAAAAAUAUCCCGGCCAAGGCGAGAACGCAAGUGUAUAUAAUCACGCUGGAAUCUUCUACGUCCACUCCCUCUACUCCAUUGGCGAAAAGGACCGUGCGUAUAAGCUCCUACGUCAAAUGAUCCCGGGCCCGAGUAAUGAGGACUAUAUCCAACGCGGACAACUCCCCGUGUAUAUCCCGAACUACUACCGUGGCGCGUACCGCGAGUAUCCGCGUACCGCCGGGCGGUCGAGCCAGUUGUUUAAUACUGGAACAGUGAGUUGGGCUUAUCGAUGCUUUAUCGAGGGGCUGUGUGGCCUGAAGGGCGAUGUUAUGGGGUUGAGGGUUAAUCCACAGUUGCCGAGUGAGUGGGACGGGAUUAAAGCUACGAGGUUGUUUCGGGGUGCGAGGUUUGAAGUGGAUGUUAAGAAGGGUGAUGUUAGGGAGGUGAAGGUGAAGGUUGAUGGCAAGGAGUUGGAGGAGCCUUAUGUGAAGGAUGUGAAGGAGGGGAGGGUAUAUAAACUUGACGUCGUUGUGCCGAAGUAAUGGUCAG